CACCUGUAACUAUGUAAAGUCCUAUGUUGACGGCGCACCUGUUGGGUAAACAGAAAGAAAGUUUCAGGUGACUUGCCACAUGGCGGACCUUCAUAACAUACCGAUAUUUCCUGGUGCCAGGCUAGAUCUUCUGAGGCCCUCAUCUCCCAGUGUAUACCACGAGAAGGAAGUGGUGACCGAGAUUUCCCGGUGUCGACAGCUGGUGCACGUGCUUCAGAGGGAAUGCAUCAUCUCGGUGUCGGGGGAGGGCGUGGCCCUGGGGCGGGAGGGACCGCUGACACUACUCCUUGUGGGCACCUUCUACGGGAAGGUAUAUGCGUUUGACUGUUUGGUGAACAACCGACUAUUCGACAAAGGAGGGCUACGAUUCCUUCUGGAGAACACAAAAGUUCUCAAAGUGGCCUUUUCAUGUUGUUUUUUAAGUGCCGCUUUAUUUACACAGUUUGCUGUUCGUCUCCGUAACGUGUUCGAUACUCAAAUAGCUCAUCUAGUCAUCCGGGAAUUUGAGGGCCGGAAGUUACCAGAACGUCUGACUCUGUUUGAUAUUUGUCAGUGCUAUUCUGGGACCGGAAAUCCUUAUGGCUGGAGGACAGAUGUCAAGGACAUGUACCUUCGGAAAAUGGGUGACUACUGGUCACAGCGACCUUUGACCUGUGAGAUGUUAGAGUUUGCCGCCGAUGACGUCAUGUCCUUCAUUCCGGAAGUCUACAGAAGACAGUCCGAGUUUCUAGAGGAACACAAACUAAUGCCCAAAUUCAGGGCGCGGGUUGAAGAGGAAAUCCUGGUUGAGAUCAACCAGGAGGUCAAGAACAUGCGCGGUAAAAGAAUCGAAGCCAUCGUAAUGGAGGUGUUACAUGACCUUGACAAACAGUAUAAGGACAAAAAAAUUAAGAUAGAGGAGUUGUCAGAAGACCAUAUGUACGCCCUUCAUCUUCUCCAGUUUAACGACGCCAAGUCAAUAUCACCGCAAAUUGACAAAUUAAAAACAGACUACAUCAUGGACGAAAUGAAGGCGGUGGAAAAUGACCUUUACACAGAUCAAAUGAUGAUCACCAAUAGAAACGGCCUUGGCGAUGACCUCAAAUUGUGGGAAAAACACCCGGAUGAAAACGUCAGGCGAAAGGCUCGAAUGUUGCGACUAGAAAUUUACAAAUUGAUUCUGAAGGAGAUUGGUCGUCGAUAUUCUGGGUUUUCUGUGCCUCAGGUUUUCAGUGAGCUGGAAAAGCAAGCUCUUAGGUCUGUGACCCCGGUGUCGACCUCUGACCUUAACUAUGACCCCUUUGUUUUGGGUCAGCACUGGAUUGUUGUGGAACAUGACAUCGACCAAGCUUUGUUUAACCUGAGGUUCGGACACCCGCACCUUCAGAUUUCAAAAGAAUUCAGUGACCGACUUAAAUCUUAUGACAAACUAGAUGUACCAGGAAACAUUCAAAUGAAGGCCAAGCUUCUUCUCUCUUUACAGUCUAGUAAAGGAACGACAUACGGUUGACCUGCGAGUUACCGGAAUCUAGAAAAUUGUAGCUCAGUCCCGAUAUUCUUAUGCAGAAAUAAUAUUCCGUGGAGCGCUUGCUUAAUGAAAGAAAGUAAAGCAAAUUUCAGUUAUCUUUGAAAAUGUUAUCGAAUAAAAUACUACAAUGUG